AUCAUCUUUGGAUUUCUUUAAUAGUCUAUGAUUGUGUUCAUUGUCUAUGGUACUGAAGAAAGACGGCCAUGUUGUUUUGGCAUCUUGAGGGAGCUGGUUAAUAAACAUGCAGUGUCAGUAAUUCAUUCAGUAUUUUAUUUAUCUACUGCCUCUUAUCACAUGGUGGCAGCGGUAAAAGUAAUAAAUGGAGAAAAAACAUAAAUCAGACAUGAAGGAGGCAGAGCAGGGUGGAAGAGGCCACCAAGCCAAGGUGACGCCACCCGGAAUUUUCAGUUUUGUGCCGGAAGAAUGGCCGAAGUAUAAAACCAGAUUUAUGAGGUACAUGAGUUUAACAGGUCAAAACAACAACGUCGACGAAGAAAAGAUAAAUUGCCUCAUUUAUUGCAUGGGAGAAAGGGCAGAAGACGUAAUAUUGCAGUUUGGGGAGGACGCCAUGUGCUACCUUAAGCUAUUGAAAAAAUUUGAUGAUUUUUUCGCUCCCAAACGAAAUGUAAUCUAUGAAAGAUUCAAAUUCAACGCCAGGGUGCAACUACAAGGCGAAAGGGUUGACGAAUUUGUCACUGAAAUACACCGACUUGCCGAGCACUGUGAAUACGGCGUUCUGAAGACUGAUCUUAUCAGAGAUAGAAUUGUCGUUGGUAUUGCAGAUAAAAGUCUAAGCGACAGGAUGCUACUCAAACCAGAUCUUACAUUAGAAGAAGCCAUACAAAUGGGAAGACAAUCUGAAAUACAGCAGGAAGAAACUAAGAAAAUGAGGGGUGAAGUGACAGAACUCAUGAAAAUUGAAAAAAGAAAAAAGACAGGAAACUGCUGGUUUUGUGGGAAGGAGCGACAUCCAAGAGAAAAAUGUCCCGCGGAAAAAGCAACUUGCCACAAUUGUAAACGUGUGGGACACUUUGCUAAAUUGUGUCGGUCUAAAGCAGUUAAAAUUAUAAAAGAGGAUUCAAACGAGUAUGAGGAGCAGAUAUAAGUGCUAUACCAGAAAAUGUUGCAGUGAAGGCCAAACUACCGUUGGUGAAAUCAGGUGAUAGUGUAAAAGGGCCAGAUGGGACCAAAUUGAAUGUACUGGGAACGGUGCAACUGAAAUUACAAUAUAAGGACAGGAUAUAUGAAGGUAAAGUCUAUGUAAUCAAAGAUCUUAGUACAGCAAUAUUAGGCAGGCCAUCAAUUGAUAGUAUGAAUAUUCUAAAAGUUUGUGCUAUCUCAAAUUCAAGUCAGAUCAGUGACACACAUUCAAAUGUUUUAGUAGAAAAAGAAUUCCCAAAAAUCUUUGAUGAGUUAGGGGUUUUCAAAGAUGAGUUUCACAUAAAAUUAAUUAAUAAUCCUAAGUCAUAUGUCCAGGCAACACCUCGCAGUGUAUCAAUACCUCUUUUGCCCAAAGUUAAGGAAGAACUGGAUAGAUUGCAAAGAUUAGGUAUUAUUAGUCCAAUUGAGGAACCUACUGAUUUUGUGUCACCAAUUGUGGUAGUGCUUAAGAAUGAUAAAGUGAGAAUUUGCGGUGACUAUACACAAGUAAACAAAAAUAUUUUGAGGCCAGUUUAUCCAAUUCCUAAGGUACAAAAUACAUUAAGUAGACUGAAAGGUGCUAAUUAUUUCUCUAAAAUCGACGCUACUUCAGGAUUUCAUCAAAUUCGUCUGGAUGAGGAGUCUAAAAAGCUGACAACCAUUAUUACACCUUUUGGUAGGUAUAUAUACAACCGUUUACCAUUUGGACUUAAUUGCGCACCUGAAUAUUUCAGUAUGAAGUUCUCAAAUCUGCUGAAAGACCUAAACGUAGCAAUACAUGUCGAUGACAUUCUGAUUUUUGAACCUACUAAGGAAUCCCAUGAUCAGGUACUUAGAGAAGUUUUAAAAAGAUUGCAUAAUGAAGGGAUAACAAUUAAUAAAAGUAAAUGUGUGUUUGGGGUAAAGGAGGUAAGUUAUUUGGGACACAUUGUUAACAAAGAAGGAAU